AUCCUAUCUGGCACCUCACAUAGAAACUGAUGGUGGACUGUCGCCUUCGGCCGCCUUUGACAAACCCUCCGAAACCCUCGCCCAACUUCGACUUCCAGGAUCUUCCAGAAACCGAGCCGUCCGAGAAUCCGCAGUGAGCGAAAUUCGGUCCCUCCCCUCACUAUUCCCCGUCUCCCUCCUGCCGUCGCCCAUCGCUGGGAUGCCGACUCGGUCUAUCGUCAUCAAGGUGGCGACAGAGGGAGAUUUGCGCUCGUAUGUCGGGAACGAUGGCCAUUAUUUUGAUCUCGUCGAUUUCAACAAAGUUCGGUCUUUCAACGUCCUGGAUACCCUGCCCGUAAGCCGUUUCCAGGCGAAUCUUGUGGACGUAUUUGGCAUAGCUGUUCAAUUUCAGCGUAUCUGGUUGUGUUUUCGACGGCAAAAUGGAACAUGUCGCCCUAGCAGGCCAUUGUCUGCUCUAGAAAACAAAAAAUCUGUGGGAAGCUUAACGUCAAAAGUUUCUGGUGAUGUGAAGCUGUUUUUGGAGGUGCUAAAUUCUUGUACCCCACGGAAUCUAUGCAUGGAAGAUAUAUUGGUGUUCUUAAAGCUCUAUGAUCCAGAACAAAAACAGCUGCGAUAUAUUGGAACGCUGUAUGUGAAAGGUACAUCGAAACCUGCAGAGAUUCUCCACAAACUAAGAAAUCUAGCUGUUUUUUGUCCAGACGAGGAAAUAGAACUAUACGAGGAAAUCAAAUUUGAACCAGUUGUAUUUUGUGAGGUCAUUGAUGUUGAUCGUACCUUUAGAGACAACCAGCUUGAAAACGGGGACAUCAUUUGCUACCAGAAAAGCUCUAAACCAUGGAAACUGCGCACACACCCUUCUGUUCAAUCAUUUUUAGAGCAUGUUCAUGCAUUGAAGGAUGAACAAAGGAGGAAGAUAUGUGCGCUAGAAGAGGAUAUUGUUGUGUUAAAAUGCAAAUCUGACCUUCAAAUAGAGCAGGCAAAAAUGGAAUGUAGCCAGUUGAAACAUGAACGGGACUAUGCAGUACGACAGGUGGGUGAAUUACAGGAUCAGAAUGCUCAGAUAAUUUUGGAGUUCUCCUUUGCGGAUCUGCAACAAGCAACAGAGGAUUUCAAGGAUCUGUGCAAAAUUGGGGACACUGAAUAUGGAUGUGUAUAUAAAGGCAUUAUACACAAUACCACAGUAGCUAUCAAGAUGUGCAGAACUGGCUUAUUUCAACAAGAGGUUUCUGUUCUUCGUCAAGGGAGGCAUCCAAAUAUUGUCACCUUAAUAGGAAUAUGCUCCGAGGCUUCAGCUCUUGUGUAUGAAUGGUUACCAAGGGGAAACCUUGAAGACCACAUUGUCUGCUCGAAUGGCUUCCCACCUCUCCCGUGGCAGAUCCGUACUCAGAUUAUUGGCGAGGUUUGCUGCUCACUGCUUUUCCUUCAUUCAUACACCCCUAGUGCUUUGGUCCACGGCGAUCUCCGGCCUUGCAACAUCCUCAUUGAUGCCAACUACAGAAGCAAGCUCUGUAACUUUGGCAUGUCAGCCCUAUUUCUCCAACCUGGCGCCUGUCCACCGAACCUAAUAGCAAGACAUCCAUAUAUGGACCCGGAGUUCCUCACCACCGGAGAUCUAACGCCACUUUCUGACGUCUACUCACUGGGUGUUAUUAUCUUGCGUCUCUUGACUGGAACGCCCGCCUUAGCCAUUGCAAGGAGAGUUUCAGAAGCAUUCGAGAGUGAUAGCCUGCACUUGCUCAUUGACAAGUCUGCUGGGGACUGGCCUUACACGCAAGCCAAGCAGCUGGCACUCCUUGGUCUUAGCUGUGUGGAAAUGACUAGGGACAAACGCCCUGACCUCUUAACCAAAGUUUGGACAGUUAUUGAGCCCCUGACAAGAAAGCCCCCUACGGCCUCAUGGCGGUUUGUCCAAUCAGCGUCGAGGGAAAGUUGCACCCCCUCUCACUUCAUUUGUCCAAUACUCAAGGAGAUCAUGAAUGAUCCACAGAUGGCAUCAGAUGGAUUCACCUACGAAGCGGAAGCCAUAAAAAGCUGGCUUGAUGACGGGAACCUGAGGUCUCCAAUGACGAACCUGGCCCUUCCAAAUCGCGAUCUCAUCCCUAAUCGUGCCCUCCGUUCAUCCAUUCAAGAGCACCUUCAGCAGCAGCAGCGGUCAAAUUCUUGACCCUCAUUUCUGACGAAAUGCUGGCUAUAGAAGUGGCUGCAUAUCGUGUACAGUCUGUGACCAUCUUUUAUCUCUAAUUUUGUUAGGGUGCUUCACAAUCUGUUAGUAUGAUAGACGAAAGUUAGCAAUGAGAUUCGGUUGUCAGACGCAAUUCCGUGCAGUGCUCGUGUGAUACUCCUUCCUAUACUGAAAUCUGAGACCUUCCAUUUAGUAAGUAGUCAGGUGUAAAAGUUUGUAUAAACUGAAAACCUUCUAUGAAGACGGAGAAUCACAACA